AUGAAUAAAGAAAAUUUCCGCUUCUACGUUAAAGUGCGUACUACACUGAAUGUUCAAGUCAAAGAUAUUCACGACGAACUAUGUACUGUUUGUGGUGAUAAAACACCUUCUCUUAAGGUAAUUGAAAAGUGGUCUAAAUGGUUUCGUGAAGGUCAAGAACAAGUUGAAGACGAUACACAAUCUGACAGUUCUGCUAUUGAAACAACAUCUGAAAAUACAGAACAAGUUCGUAUCGUUAUUAAUGAUAAUCUUUAUCCGUAUGUGUAG